AUGAACCGCGAACGCGAGCUAACCCAUCAAAUCGCCGCCUUACAGUACGCGCUCUCGCAACGUCCAACGGUCGAACGCCUCGAGCGCACCACAGCCUCAUGGCGGGCGGCAUACCAGGAAGCGACGAGCCAUCAUCAAGGAGUGAGCGCAGAAUGUGCUGCGCUGCGCAAGCGUGUCGCAGAACUAGGCCAUGAACUCCAUCAAGCUAGGCGCGCCAACGACGGGACAUCGGGCAGACAUGAAGACGUGAUGCGGGCAGAGCUCGAGCUUGUGCGUAUUGAGGCGCAGAAGGUGCCGGGUCUGGAGCAGGCGCUUGUGAACAGAAACAUACUCGUUGACCAAUACGAGGCUCGAAAGCAGCAGCUCACCGCCGAGAACGCAUCACUGCGAAUGGACGCGGCAAGGGUCGCACAGCUGGAGUCUGCACUUCUGAAUCGCGAAGCCGAAGCCCAGUCUGUCGCCGCCUACGUCCGCGAACUUGAGGGCGAGAUCACAUUCCUGCGCCACAAUACCAGUUCCGCCACCGUCGCCCAAGCCGACGCGUUCAAAAGCCGAGCAGAGGUUGCCGAAGACCGAGUCAGACAGCUCACUAUCGACAGUGAAGCUCUCCACCGCCGGACAGGAACCUUGGAGGCUGCUCUAGACGCUCGAAACCAUGAUGCUCAGGAAUGCGAGGCAAAACUUCGUCGCGAAGCGGAGAAUCUAAGGGUGGAGGCUUCGAAGGUGCCUGCACUGGAGAAGACUCUUACCGAACUACGUAUACAAGCGCAAAGAGCUGCAGGAUUGGAGAUGGCUCUGGCACAGUGUGAUGACCGCGCCACACGCAUCGGGAACCACGCUCGGCAACUCGAGGACGAUGGAGCGAAACUGCUCCAGAACGUUGAUCUCGCGCUUGUUCAUGCCGCGAAUAUGGCAAGCCGUGCGGAUGGCGCCGAAGAGCGCUUACAACAUUCUCAGAACGAGGUCGCCGCUAUGCAUACACGUCUGAAGGCGACCGAGAUCGCUCAGGAAGGUCUCGUCGCACGCGCGGAAGCUGCUGAGAGCCGCGUCCGGGCUCUGGAGUCAGACAACAGAGGCCUACGCGCCUGUGCACUUCAGGUGAAGGAAAGCCAUGAGGAGACGAUUAGCCGGUUUCACAAGAUCGAGGACUACCUCAUGGUGAGUAAUGCCAAAGUCACGGAGCUGGAAGAAGAACUGGAUGCACUACGGGCGGAGCUCAGGAAGGCGAGCGAACCGCAGCCUGUAGACAUGGAGGGACACGAACGCACGAGGUCCGAGCGCGACUCGUUGCUAGCAGGGAUGCGCGAGCUGCUACCACCAGGAGCUAUACCAGCCCUUGCAGAUGCCUCAGAGGUACUUCGUGCCGUGGAGGGAGAGUACGACCGUCUUUGCGAGAGGGCCGCAAGCUUGGAACAACGAUAUGAUGCUCGCGCGUCGUGGUAUGCUAUACUACAAAUACGAGUGAAGGAGCUGGAAUGUGGGUCCCGGCGAUCCUGA